ACCCAUGUUGCUCUUGAAGCGACGGACUGUGUUCAUUGUGACACAGGGCUCCUUGGAUCAGACGCACUGCAUCCGGCAGCUGAGCUCAUGCACACACCCUGGUCUUCUACAGCGGCUUGACUCGUGCGCCGUCAUGGCAGAACUGGGGGGCGUGGACCUCGGCCGCAAGUUUGUGUCGGAGUCAGAGCUUGAGGAGAAGAGGAAGAGGAGGCAGGAGGAAUGGGAGAAAGUGAGGAAGGAAGACGACCCUGAGGAGGCUCCGGAGGAGGAGUAUGACCCGCGGUCACUGUACGAGCGGCUGCAGGAGCAGAAGGACAAGAAACAGGAGGAGUACGAGGAGCAGUUCAAAUUCAAGAACAUGGUGAGGGGUCUGGAUGAGGAUGAAAGCAGCUUCCUGGAUGAGGUGUCCAGGCAGCAGUCUCUGAUAGAGAAACAGAGGAGAGACGAGGAGCUGCAGGAGCUGCAGGAGUAUCACAGCGCUCGCACAAAGCUGUCGACUCACAGCGAGAGCCGGAAGGAACCGGAAAAGAAGGCGGGUCCAAAAGCAGCAGAGCACAAGAGCCACCUGUCCCAGGCACACCUGCUGGCCGGGGCGGUCAAACGACGCAGCUCCUCGCAGUCAUCAGACAGCUCUAAGAAACAGAAGCAGGAGGAGGCAACAGCCACCAGGACAGAGCAGGAGGCGAGUGGGGGUGAGAGUAGGCGGGGCGUUUGUGCCGGAGUGACCCGGCCGGGUGUGGUGCACCUGCCGUCAGCCGCGGUGUGUGUGGGUAUCCUGCCGGGGCUCGGGGCGUACUCGGGCAGCAGCGACUCGGACUCCAGCAGCGACAGCGAAGUUUAAUCCCAGCCCGCCCAACCCC